CUGUCAGUACAGAGACCGUCUUUCAGGCUUCAGCUACAUAUCAACCCUCUGCCAUCAUCCUCGUGAACUCCAUCCCCGGCACGCCUGCAGCCCUGCACCACAUCCAGUAGAUAAGCUCACAUCCCAUGACAUUAAGUAAACUGAUAAAGAUACGUUUUUGACUAAUUAUUUAUAUUCUCUCUCUAAAAUAAGAAAAUAAUCAUGAUUAGGUAAUCGGAUUCCUUGCUUUGAUUCUUUGGGAUGGAUUCCUUGCUUUGAUUUUCCCUCUGAAUUGCACCAAAAUUCUUUGUUUCUUGCUCACUUAUCAGAUAUAUAUAUAUAUCCCCGGAUUAGCCCCCAACUAAAAGACACAAAGUCACUCUCACCUAACCCCGGCAACCGAAGCUCUUCAAUGGCGCCAAUAGAUCCUCACUCCUUCACCGACUCCACCCACCCACUCACUACCCACAUCUCCCUCUCCUUAUACUUCGACUUCCCUUCCUCCACCAUCCGUGGCUCCGCUCUUCUGUCUCUUCCUUCCCCGCGCGCCGGCCCUCUCUCCCUUGACACGCGAUCGCUCUCGAUCCACCAAAUACUCGAUCCCUUAACCCUAACUCCUAUCCCCUUCUCGCUCUCGGCCACUCCCGAUCCGAUUCUAGGCACUCACCUCACUGUCUCUCUCUCCAAUCACUCCUCCCUUUUGAUCCUUUUUUCCACAUCCCAGGACUCAUCCGCACUCCAGUGGCUCACACCGCCGCAGACCUUCAAUAAGACCCACCCUUAUGUGUACACACAGUGCCAAGCUAUCCACGCGCGCUCCGUGUUCCCUUGCCAGGACACGCCGGCGGCGCGCAUUUGUUACUCCGCCAAGCUGAACAUCCCUCACCAGUUGUCUGCCGUAAUGUCUGCCAGGCACGUGGAUCGGCGCCAGCCAACAAGCGGUGACGUGAAGGAAUUCGGUUAUGGAAAUUUUGGGAUCAAUAUUGAGUCACACUGGUGUGAGGCGGGGCGAGUGGUGGAAGAGUUUGUGAUGGAGCAGCCGAUUCCUCCGUAUCUGUUUGCUUUUGCAGUGGGGCAGUUAGGGUUCAGGGAUGUGGGACCCAGGACGAGGGUUUACGCGGAGGCUGCAGCUGGAGUGUUGGACGCGGCGGCUAUAGAGUUUGCGGGGACAGAGGAGAUGAUAAGGCAGGGAGAGAGGCUGUUUGGGGAAUAUGAGUGGGAAAGGUUUGAUUUAUUGGUGUUGCCGCCGAGCUUUCCAUAUGGGGGUAUGGAAAAUCCAAGAAUGGUGUUUUUGACGCCCACUGUGAUUAAGGGGGACUCGAGUGGAGCGCAGGUUGUAGCGCAUGAACUGGCGCAUAGUUGGACUGGGAACUUGAUCACUAACAAGAACAAUGAGCAUUUCUGGUUGAAUGAGGGUUUUACAACAUAUGCAGAAAGGAGAAUUAUUGAGGCUGUCCAAGGGGAGGACAGAGCAACACUGAAUAUUGGAAUUGGUUGGAGAGGUUUAAAUAAGGAAAUGGAGAAGUUUAAGGACAACAUGGAAUUCACAAAGCUCAAAACGAAACAAGAGGGCGUAGACCCUGACGUUGUGUAUUCUGAGGUUCCUUACGAAAAAGGUUUUCAAUUUCUAUGGCGCAUUGAGCGGCAGAUUGGAAGGCCUGCAUUUGAUGAAUUCCUCAAGAAAUACAUUGCGACCUUCAAGUUUAAAUCAAUUGAUACUGAGACGUUUCUGGAUUUCCUCAAAGCAAAUGUCCCAGGAAUAGAGAAAGAUAUUGACUUAGUAACAUGGACCGAGGGUAUUGGUAUCCCUCCUGAUGCCUAUGAACCUAUUUCCCAUCUGUACAGAAACAUUGUUUCGCUGGCAAAGGAGUUUAAUCUUGGGAGAAUGCCAAGGGAGGAUGAAGUUGCUGAUUGGCGUGGGCAGGAAUGGGAGCUUUACUUGGAGAACUUGCCCAAAUUUGUUGAAGCUUCUCAGGUUUUAGGAUUGGAUGCACGGUAUAGGCUAUCAGAGUCGAAGGAUUAUGAGGUUAAAGUGGCAUUUCUCGAACUUGCUCUUUCUUGUAAGUGCAGAGAUUACUAUGGUGAGGUGGAGAAAACGUUAAAGGAAGUGGGGAGGAUGAAAUAUCUUCGCCCGCUGUACAGAGGUCUUGUGCAAGGCACUGGAAAGGAGGAAGAGAAGAUUUUUGCCAAAAGGUUGUUUGCAGAUGCUCGCGACGGUUAUCACCCGAUAGCUCAAGGAGUUGUAGAAUCAAUCUUUUCAAAGCAUAUCUAGAUUGGUACAUAUACAGCAAUAAUGGAAUGUCUAACUUAAACUUUAAGCCAUCUUGCUUUGAUAUUUUGGAUUAUGAUAAUUAUCUUACAGAUCUAGGAUGACUCCUGCUUUUGUUUGAUGCUUUUAAGUAGUGCUGAUGAUAAUAUGAUAUGGCUUUUUUCCCUUCAUGUUUAUGGGAAAUUA